CACAGGUCAGCUGAUGCAGUUGGAGCGCUCUCAUUGGCUGAGGAGGCUUCAAGCGUGAUUUCCCCUUUGAAUGCCCAAGGUCUUAUGAGAGCCUGACCUGCUUUGACUGAAAAGCUGACCUCAUUCUGCCUACUUCAGCAUUCAAGUGUGAAGAUAUGGUGGGGAUGUUAAAGACGAACUUAUAUCACAUGUUCUUUACAUUCUGAAAUAAUCAUGAAGACUGUAAAAACUGACAGUUUAAUGAAACAUAUCUGGUGGCCUGUGUCAUAUUUCUCAGUUGUGGCAAGGCUUUGAAUAUAUUUUUAUAUUCCAUACAUUUGUUGCUAGGUUUAUCACUUCAAGAUUUUCUCUUUCAAUUCCUCAACAUCAUGUUUUCUAUUCAAACAAGCAGCUGUGUCCUACAGACACUACUGAAGAACUACUACACGUUCUAUCCUAGACCUCAAAAAUGGCCUGCUACUUUUGGGUGCUUCAUAUUUACCACAUCAAAUCAGAGGAUAAAAAAUCCAGUGGAUCCCAAACCAGGCACUUCCAUGUGGCGAUCUAAAGGAAGAGAUGAAGCAAAAGGGGAGAGAAGGACUGGCAAAGAUUUUUCUUCUCCUUUCAAUGUGUUUUCUGCUGGAGCCUCCAAGAAGAGAGCUGUGCUUGCAGACUUGUCAAAUGGAGAGCAGCCUAUUAUUUCGGGUAAGAAGACAACACUCUCCCCUCCAGAAAAGCCCCUAAGUGCCGAGGAGUGGGGAAAGUUGAUGGAGGAAUUCCAGGGAUAUAAACAGUUUGAAGAGUUUAUGUUUGCGCAAAUGAUUGCUCACAAUAGCCCCAUAGAGGUGGCCAAGUCUUUACUAGCUGCAGUGGCACAGCGAGAUGGAGAUAUUGGGUAUAAUCUUCUAGUGAAAUACUUGGUUCUCUGUGUUUCUCAGAAGCAGACAAAGGAGAUUUAUGAUGUUCAUGACAUUAUGAAAGCCAGAUUUAAAACUUUAGAAACAUCAGCAUCUAGUCUUCUCAUCAAAGGACUGAGUGAUUCGCAGCGCUGGAGGGACGCCUUGGUACUGCUAGAGGAACUAAAAAAAUUCAUAACCCCUUCAAAGGGAAAUUAUGGAGACUGCAUCAAGGCAGCCCUUGCAAACAGGGAAAUAAAUCCGGCAUGUACGUUAUUUCACGAGAUGCUAGCUAAGGAUGUGACACCAAACUUAGACGUCCUGCAGUUUUUCUUUGAUGCUGGCAAAUGUGUAAACGAUGCUGAUUUGAAAAAUGAACUCAUGUACAUCCUUAAUUAUUUAAGAAGUAAUCAAGUAUAUCCUGGAGAAGCUCUUAUGGAAAGUAUAAAGCACUGGUUUGAAAGCAUUCCAGGUGAAAGGUGGAAGGGGAACUUAACUACUGUGAAAAAUAGUGGACAGUGUUCGUCUUGUGAGCAGUUCUUGGAAAGUAUUAAUUUGACUGAAGAUGAAUAUGACAUCCUCAAAGAAAAAAUAAUAAAGGAUGUUAUACAAGGGACUGACACAUUUCGGAAAACAACUCCCCAGGAACUUGAAGUAUUUAAGAGAUUUGUAAGUCAACGUCCCCCUUUUGAUAUUGUGAUUGAUGGCCUCAACGUUGCAAGAGUCUGCCAUAAAAACAACCCAUCUCAAACCCUUUUGGAUGUUGUCAACCACCUGGCUCAGCAGAAUCUACGGUUGCUUGUCCUGGGGCGCAAACACAUGCUGAAUGGAUCUCGUCAAUGGAACAGAAAUAACAUGGCUGCUAUGCAGAAGAAGGCAGACUUCUUUUUUACAGAAAAUGUGUCUGAAGACGAUCCAUUUCUACUCUAUGCCACUCUUCACUCAGGGAGUCACUGCAAAUUUGUUACUAGAGAUCUGUUGCGUGAUCACAAAGCUUGUCUCUCAGACAGUCUUACUCGACGCCUGUUCUUUAAAUGGCAACGUGGUCAUCAGAUGGUGCUAUCUGACUACAUACCAGGAAAAAGGAUCAAAUUUGAGCAUGUAUUGAAUUACGAUACAAUUGUGCAGACUACAGGUAACACAUGGCAUAUUCCCUAUGAUGACAGCAAUUUGGAAAGAUCUUCAUAUGAAGUGCCAAUAAAAUGGCUUUGUCUUCAGCAAAAAUAAAAUAUUCACUUUUUACAAA